AAUAUAAAAAAUUAAAAAUUAAUAUAUUUAUUUAAAAAUAAAUCUCUUUAAAUAAAAAAAUUUUAAAAAAAGAGAGUAAAAUUAACAAUCUUAUUUGUACAUUUUCUCAAUUUUAAUCGAAGCAGUUCCAUGCUAGCCAACAUCGCUGAAACCCUCAUUGCUCGCAGAUCUCUAAAUUCCAAUAACUUUGGAGGACAAAUUCCACCAUCUAUUGGUAAUCUAUCGAAUCUAUAUUUGUUGGAUUUGACUGACAACCAAAUAGAGGGACCAAUUCCAGUGUCAAAUGAAACUACACCUGGCCUUGACAUGUUGGUCAAUACCAAGCAUUUUCAUUUGGGACAAAAUCAACUUUCAGGCGAAAUCCCUGAGCAAAUUUUCAGCUCAAACAUGAGUCUGAUACAUGUGUUGUUUGACAGCAACAAACUCACUGGUCCUAUCCCUUCAACCCUUGGGCUUGUGCAAUCUUUACAAGUGAUACGUUUUGAUAACAAUUCCUUAAGUGGGAGUGUUCCGUCAAACCUCAACAAUCUCACAAGUCUUCAAGAGUUGUAUUUGUCUAACAAUAACUUGAAUGGCUCUUUACCCUCUUUUAUUGGCAUGAGCGAUCUCAACAACUUGGACUUGAGUAAUAAUACAUUCAGUACCUCUGUGAUUCCUACAUGGGUUUCAUCUUUGUCAUCCUUAACAACACUAUGGAUGGAAAACACUCAACUUCAAGGUGAAGUUCCUGUCAACCUCUUCAGCCUUCCAAAUUUGCAAACUGUGGGGCUAAAACGUAACCAGCUAAAUGGUACCUUGGCUAUAGGCAAGGGAUUUAGUAACCAACUGCACCUCAUAGAUUUACAGAAAAAUUUGAUAAGUGGGUUCAAUGGAAUAGAAGGAUACGACAUUCAGAUAAUACUUGCUGAUAACCCCAUUUGUGAAGAGAAACUCGCAACAACAACUUACUGUGUAGUUUCACAAUCAAAUUCCACUUCCUUGUAUACUACCCCUGCCAGCAACUGCCUGCCUGCUACAUGCAGUUCAGACCAAACAUCUCUGAUGCAGUUUUUCCAAUCCAACAAUCUUCCUGUUGAUUCAGUUUCACUAAGGGUUUCUACAAUUGCAUUUAUAUUUAGCAACCAGUUUUACCAGCCACCAUCUAAUCUUUAUGGACCUUAUUAUUUCAUUGGUGAUGCUUACAACCACUUUUCAGAUGCUACAAACUCCCCAAAAUCAACUACUGGCAUCAUUAUUGGAGCAGUUGUUGGUGGCUUUAUGCUUCUGCUACUUUCACUGCUUGUUGGGGUUUAUGCUUUUCGUCAAAAGAAGAAGGCAAAAAGAGCAAGCCUAGAGAGCAACCCUUUUGCACACUGGGAUGUUAAGAAAAGCAGUGAAAGCAUUCCUCAGUUAAAAGGUGCAAGAUGUUUCUCUUUUGAAGAGCUUAAGAAAUAUACAAAUAACUUUUCAGAGGCCAAUGAUAUUGGAUUUGGGGGUUAUGGAAAGGUUUAUAGGGGAACCCUUCCCAAUGGAGAGCUAGUUGCGAUCAAACGAGCCCAGCAAGGAUCAAUGCAGGGUGGGCAGGAAUUCAAAACAGAGAUUGAACUUUUGUCUAGAGUCCAUCAUAAGAAUGUUGUCGGUCUAUUAGGAUUUUGUUUUGAGCAAGGUGAACAAAUGCUAAUAUAUGAAUAUGUUCCAAACGGCUCUUUGUAUGAAACUCUAUCAGGAAAGUCAGGAAUCAUACUGGAUUGGAGUAGGCGACUUAAAAUAGCCCUUGGUGCAGCUAGAGGGCUAGCAUAUCUACAUGAACUGGCCAAUCCUCCCAUCAUACAUAGGGACAUUAAAUCGACUAACAUAUUAUUGGAUCAACGCCUUACUGCUAAAGUUGCCGAUUUUGGUCUUUCCAAGCUGAUAAGUGACACUGAAAAAGGUCAUGUUACCACACAAGUCAAAGGGACAAUGGUGAGUGCUUUUAUGCACCCACUUCAGUGGGAUAAUAAGGGUUAUUUGGAUCCUGAAUAUUAUAUGACCCAACAGCUAACUGAAAAAAGUGAUGUUUAUAGUUUUGGGGUGCUUUUGUUGGAGAUGAUAACUGGAAGAAGACCAAUAGAGCGAGGGAAGUACAUUGUAAGAGAGGUGAAUAUAGCAAUGGAUAAGACAAAAGACUUGUAUAGUCUUCGUCAAAUUCUCGACCCAGCCAUUGCGGAUACAAGCCUUAAAGGUUUAGAAACGUUUGUGGAUCUAGCAAUGAGCUGUGUGGAAGAAUCAGGAGCCGACAGGCCUACAAUGGGUGAAGUGGUAAAAGAGAUUGAAAACAUCAUGCAGAUUGUCGGAAUGAAUCCCAAUGCUGAGUCAGCAACAAGUUCAUCAAGUUAUGGGGUGGCACCCAAGGGAAGUACCCCCCAUCCAUACAACGAUGAGUCCUUAGCUUAUAGUAGUACAUUGCCAAUUUAAAAAGUUUGAACAUAUGUUGAGUUGGAUUUCAGUUUAGUUUUUUGAGAAAACAACUUUUGUGUUUAGCAUUUAGUUUGACAAGAGGACAUAUAUAUAUAUAUAUAUACAUAUAUAUGUAUAUGUAUAUGUAUAUGUAUGUGUAUGUGUUUUGUAUUGUAUCUCUUUCUUUCGCUUAAUUUGAUAGAAC